CACAGACUGAUGCAGAGAACCUCAGAAACUCCCCACAGUGGGGGUAGCCCCUGGAAGGGGCUCCUGAUUACAGCCUCCAUCUUCAGCUGCUGGAUCCAGCCAACAUCUACUCAAGCUGCUCCUGUCACUAUUGUGCCAAGUCCUCCCUAUGGGACAGUGGGCAGUAGAGUCAUCUUGGACAUCCAGGGGUUCUCAGAGCAGGCUCUCAGCUACACUUGGUUCAGAAAGGAAAUACACACUCCCAACCUCAUCACUGUGUACAGUGUUUCUUCUGGAGUGCAGACACCAGCAAAUAUCCGGGAGAAGGUGCUCCCCAAGGGUUCCCUGGUCAUCCCUGACCUCACUCUCAGUGACAAUGACCUCUACAUUGUACAAAUCAUUUAUUCCAGAGGCCUGUUAUCUGCAGUGGCACGUGGACAUUUAACAGUGUAUGGGCCACUAUCCAAACCUACCAUUAACAGCACCAACAUGGCCCCAGUGGAGAACAAGGUCAAUGUCUCCUUGACAUGCCAGUCUAAGAGUCAAGAUAUCACAUACCUGUGGUUCAUAAGCCAAAGUCCCCCAGCUGGUGACAGGAUGGUGCUGUCCCCAGAUAACAACAAGACACCCACUAUAAUCCAUGUCAUGAGGGAAGACCAAAGACCCUAUGAGUGUGAAAUCUGGAACCCAGCUAGUGUCAAGAGGAGUGACCCAUUCACACUUAAUAUUACCUAUGGACCAGACACCCCUAUGAUUCUCCCCACAGACUCUCAUUGCUCUAUAGGGGUGAUUCUUGAAUUGCUGCUUUGCCAUGGGGCCUGGUGCUCUACUGGCCAGUACAUUUGGCUUAUCAGUGGAAUGCAAAUGGUGUCCACCCCCCAACUCUAUAUUCCUAAUGUGUCUCUGAAUCACACUGCAACUUACACCUGUAAUGCAUCUAACUUAGUCACUGGCUUGUCUAACACCACAGACAUCAAUAUUACAACCUCUGAAAAACCAGCCAAACCUAGAAUCAGUGUCAAAAGUACCAAUGUCAUAGAGAAUGGAACUUUGUUCUUCACAUGUAGCACAGAAAAUGAGGGGAUGAACAUCCUGUGGUUCUUCAGUAACACAUCCCUGUUACCCAGUGAGAGGAUGAACAUGUCUGAGAAUAACCAGACUCUUAUCAUCAAGAGUGUGAAGAGGGAGGACACUGGCUCCUAUCAGUGUGAAGUCUGGAAUCCAAUUGGUGCCAACAGAAGUGACCCCCUCACCCUGACUGUAAACUAUGGACCAGAUCAUAUCAUGUUUCUUCCUAACCUUCAAAGUGAGGAGAUUGAAGUCAAAUUUAAUGUCAUACUGAUCUUAAUGUGUCAAGUUGAGUCUUACCCACCUGCCCUAUAUGAAUGGCAAAUCAAUGGCACCAAGAACUCUGACUUCUCCUAUAUCCCCUAUAUCAUCAAAAAUGCAUCUUGGGAAGAUUCAGGAAAGUAUACCUGUUUGGCAAAGAAUGAUGUGACCAAGUUAUCAAUCUCGAAGGAUGUAACAAUUAAAGUGGUUGAUCUGUCUCCAGGAAAAGGUAAUGGCUCCUCACUCUCUGGAGGGGCCAUUGCUGGCAUUGUGAUUGGAGUGCUGGCUGGAGAGGCUCUCAUCCAGACCCUCCUCUAUUUCCUGCUCUUCAGAAAGACUGAAAGGGACAGCAAAUACCAGCUUUCAGAAAAGAACUGUUCAGCACCCAAACAUGGUGAGGACACCACCGUGUAUGAAAAUAAUGUUUUCCCAAAAGUCUCAGCUCUGCCUACUCAGACAUUGGACAUCUCCAGAGUGGAUGUUUAUGACAAGAUCAAUCCCUGUAAGGACCCUCAAGCCUAA